UUUGUUGCUGCCCAAACCUUUCGCCUCACCCACCUCCAUCGCCAAUCCGAGCUCGUAUUGAAGAAAAAUCGAAACUUUGAGGUUCGAUCCCACCAUAAAAAGCUUCACCUUCAUCUUCAUCUUCGCCGUCGUCAUCGUCAUCGUCAUCUCGCAAAUCUCUGCUCCUCCCGUCUCCGCGGCGAUCCUACCCUGCGCGCAAGAUUCAACGCUCCCCCCGCGGCGCAUCUCCGAUCGCCCCCCACCCCACGCCCCUCGAUUUCGCCGGCUCUGCAAACCCUAGAGCGGCGCCGCCCUCCUUCCCCCCCCCCCCCCCCCCCCUGCGGAGGAGAUGGACGAUUCCUGCGCCGUGUGCGCCGAGGCGCUGGAGUGGGUGGCCUACGGCGCCUGCGGUCACCGCGAGGUCUGCUCCACCUGCGUCGCCCGCCUCCGCUUCAUCUGCGACGACCGGCGGUGCUGCAUCUGCAAGACCGAUAGCGACGUCGUCUUCGUCACCAAGGCAUUAGGAGAUUAUACGAGGACAAUCAACGACUUUUCAGUACUGCCUUCUGAACCAAAAGAAGGUCGCGUUGGGUCAUAUUGGUUCCAUGAAGAUACUCAGGCAUUUUUUGAUGAUGUUGACCAUUAUAGGAUGGUAAAGGCAAUGUGCAAGCUUUCAUGUAGUAUUUGUGACAAAUCAGAGGAGAAAACCAAUGAUGUCUCUAAACGUCGGGCGAGGUUUAGGAAUAUCGAACAGCUGAAGGGUCAUUUGUUUCAUCAGCAUAAAGCACUCAUGUGCAGCCUGUGCUUGGAAGGGCGGAAGGUAUUCAUUUGUGAGCAGAAAUUAUAUAGUCGCUCACAGUUGAAUCACCACAUAAGCACAGGAGAUUCUGAGGUUGAUGGAAGUGAGAGUGAAAGAGGUGGCUUCACAGGGCAUCCUAUGUGUGAGUUCUGCAGAACACCUUUUUAUGGGGAUAAUGAACUGUACACUCAUAUGUCGACAGAACACUAUACGUGUUUUAUUUGCCAAAGGCAGCACCCAGGUCAAUAUGAAUACUUUAAGGACUAUGAUGAUUUAGAAAUACACUUCCGUCAAGAGCACUUCCUGUGUGAGGAUGAGGCUUGCCUUGCCAAAAAGUUUAUUGUCUUUCAAUCUGAUGCAGAAAUGAAGCGGCAUAAUACCUUGGAACAUGGUGGGCGUAUGUCUCGUUCUAAGCGGAAUGCUGCACUACAGAUACCCACCAGCUUUCGAUACCGUCGGGGCAAUGAGCAAGAUCGUCGCCGUGGAAGGAGUAGGACAUUUCAUCGUGAUUUUGCUGAAGAGCAGAUAUCAAUGGCCAUUCAAGCCAGUCUAGAGACUGCAAACGUUGAUCGUCCUCGGCCUGAUCCAUCCUUAUCGACCAAUGCACAUAUAAUUACUGAUCCUGGAGAUUUGGACGAUAUAGAUGAAAUAGUCCAGCCGUUUGAGUCCCUUGACACAACUGAUUCCGAACCUUCUUCAAGAUAUCUCCAAGCUUUGGGGCAAAAUUCUCAGAGUGGACCUCUACAAGAAACUGCCUUUCCUCCUCUUCCCAUGGCUGCAAGCUCCAGUCAACAGGCAAACAAAUGGGACUCGGAAGGUCUGUCAAAGAACACAAUGGCUGCCCGUCUUCGACGCAAGAAUGUUACAAGUCCAUCUCAGGCUUGGCCGGCUGCAAGUCGUUCCUCAUUCUCAUCAACUUCUUCAUCUGCGCAUACAGCAAAUGUUGCAUCUGUAGCGACCCCAAGUAUGAGUAAUGGACUUACUUUAUCAAGUUAUGCUAGUUUGGCUAAGGGUCAGAGUCGGGCUGCUAAAGCUCGCGCAGUUAUGUCAGCUGGCUCUUCUAAGCAUACUGAAAGCAGUAGCACCAAUAAGAUGAUCCCUUCUUCAUCAGCGCCUAAUCUUGUUGAGAGGGCAUCUAUGGAGCCAUCUCCAUCUGAAUUUCCACCGGUCUCUGCUAACCAGGUGCGCAAAAUGGCUCCCACAAGCCAGGUUUUGCCAAAGGUGGAAGAUGUCCAAGCUGCAAACAAAUCGCUGGUAGAAAAGAUACGAGCUGCUCUAGAUGAUGAUCAAGAGAAGUACACUGUUUUCAAAGAGAUUUCUGGUCACUAUCGUCAGGGUUCAAUUGACACAGGAAUAUACCUUGAUUAUGUGCAGAAUUUUGGAUUGUCACAUUUGAUUCUUGAUUUGGCUAGACUAUGCCCCGAUACUGAGAAACAAAGAGAGCUUAUUGAAACACAUAAUGCUAGAAUGCGAAGGAGUGGUGUCGGGGAAAGUGGUUGGAGUCGGGACAACUUCUUAGGGAAUGGUGAUGGUAAUAGGAAAGGUAAGGGUAAAUCUACUGGUGCUGUUGAUGGCAACCGGAAGAAUAAGUUGGCUGAUAGCAUUAUGAGCACCGUUCAGGAGAUGCAGUCAAAGUACAAGCCGCCAGAAGAAGAGGUGGAGGUUUUAUCAAGGGAUGGAUACCGAUCUGUCAAUGGGAAAUCAAAGGUAGUGACUAGUGGCGAGCAGCAAUUGUCACUGAGUUCUAGUAGUAAAACAAAAUCAGAGGCAUCUGCUGCCGCUGGUGGAACUAAUAACAGUGUUGGUGAUGGAGGUGGAGGGAGUAAGCAGCGGAAGAAAACGUCAAAAUUUCACAGAGUUCGUUUGGGGGAGGACUCGAAGGCUGCAGUUUUAGACCUGAAGAAUUCCGAUUCCGAUCCUGAUCCAGUGGAUAACAGAUCAAAAGGCAGUGGAGAUCCUGAUGGUGCAUUGCCUGUGCGUGGGGUUUGGAAGAACGGCGGCGGUCAGAAGCUCUUCUAUUAGAAGCACUCUAGUGGUUCUGCUAUAUGAGUUUUGACUAUGAAGCUCUUUGGGAUUCUGGAGUUUACGACUGAACUCGAAACUCAUGAGAAUGUCUACUUCUCAGAGCUCAUCGUGUUUGUAAGCAUCAUUUAGGUUCAGUUGGCCAGGGCAGUUAAUUUAGGUGCUCAGCGAAGUAUCCUUUUGCAUCAAAGGCUGUUGGAUGAAGGCAUGAUGCUCGAUACUCGGCCAGUUUUUAUGCACAUGGGUUGCCUGGACCACAGCAGAGAGUGGAUAAUACACAAAGGUUACUUUUCAUAUGAGAAUUACAGCGCUAGGUUCGAUGAUAUUAGUUUGGUUAAGUUUCUGUUUCCGGUGCAAUGGUCCCUCUGGUGUUUAUACCCUUUUGUCGAGAUACUUCGGGCCCUUAACGAGCAGCUUCUUUAAUUGCUGCUGAUUUGGGUGCUGUUGACAAACCAUAUAUAAACGUUCGGUUUUGGUUGAAAUACAGAAUUGUGCGAGAUUCCCUUUUAACCGA